UGCAAGCGGCGAGUCGUCAAAUGCACUUGAGAACGUUAAAUAGGGUGUGCGAUAAAGAAAAAAAUAAAAAAUAAUUAUAAAAAAAUUUGAAAGAUAAAAGUGCCAUACACACACAUUCGAAAACGCAAUGGCCUACGCCGUAGUCUGCGCGCUUUUACUUGUAAUCGCCGCGUCGACUUAUAUGCAAUUACGUCGCCACUUCAGCUACUGGGCGCGACGCGGUGUACCGCACGAGCAACCGAAACUCUUUAUAGGCAAUAUGAGCGGCAUCGGUACACGCUAUCAUUGGAAGGAAAUCAACGAACGCAUCUACACUCAAUUCAGAGGACAAACGCCUAUCAUAGGUGCCUACAUCUUUCUGCAGCGUGUCGCUUUCAUCAUUGACCUCGAUCUUAUUAAACGCAUUCUGGUGAAAGAUUUCAAUAAUUUCACCGAUCGUGGCCUUUUUCACAAUGUGCGCGACGAUCCACUCACCGGCAAUUUGCUCUUCUUGGAUGGUGAACAAUGGCGUGUUCUGCGUCACAAGCUAUCGCCCGCUUUCACUACUGGCAAACUGCGCUAUAUGUUUCCCACAAUGGUGGCGGUGAGCGAACGUAUUGCAGGCACAUGUGAACGUAUCAUGGAUUUGGGCAGCACUGUGGAGAUGAAAGAACUCUGCGCACGUUACACCACCGAUGUGAUUGGUGAAGUGGCCUUCGGCAUCGAGUGCAACAGUCUGCGCGAUCCACAGGCGAUAUUUCGGCGCAUGGGUCGCAAUAUUGUCGAGAAGCCACGCCAUUCAUUGUUAGUUCAAGCUUUUAUGUUCACUGAUCCGAAGCGCGCGCGUCAGUUGCGUUUGAAAAACUUUCCCGACGAUGUGACCGAGUUCUUUAUGGGUGCUGUACGUGAGACGGUGGCAUAUAGAGAGGAGAAUAAAGUGAGACGCAAUGAUUUCAUGGAUAUGAUGCUAGAGUUAAAGGCACAACGCGAUCGCCUCAACGGUGUGGAUAUCAGAGAGGAUGACCUUACGAACGGCUUGAACAUUGACCAAGUAGCAGCGCAAGCGUUGGUAUUUUACUUGGCUGGUUUUGAGACCUCAUCCACAGUCAUGUCUUUCUGCAUAUAUGAGCUGGCGUUGAGGGAGGAUGUGCAAAUGAAAUUGCGCGAGGAAAUUUUCAAUGUCUUGCAGAAAACUAAGGGGGAGCUCACCUAUGAGGCAAUCAAGGAGAUGACCUAUCUGAAGAAGGUGAUAGCAGAGUCACUCCGAAUGCAUCCCGUCAUUCCACAUUUGGUGCGCGUAACCACCGCUGACUAUCACAUACCUAAUACGGACAUUGUGUUGGAGCGCGGCAUGCGUCUGUUUAUACCCGUCGAUGCUAUACACCACGAUCCCGAAAUCUACGCUGAACCCGAAAAAUUUGAUCCCGAACGCUUUACGCCAGCGGCAAUCGAGAAACGCCAUCCCUUUGCCUAUCUCCCAUUUGGCGAAGGUCCAAGGAAUUGCAUUGGCAUGCGUUUUGGUGAACUGCAGGCUUCCAUUGGCAUUAUACAGUUAUUACGAAAUUUCCAUUUUAAACCUUGUGCACGCACCAAAGUGCCAUUGGUUUAUGCGAAAAAGAACUUUCUCAUUGCGGCCGAAGGCGGCAUACAUUUGAUGGUGGAGAAAUUGGAGAAGACCAUCUAGGAGAAAGUAGUAGAAAAAAAAUUAAAUAAAAAAUAAAGAAAUAAAUUAUACAAAUAAAUAGAACAAC